AUGGGAAAAAAGGACAAGGGGCCUGCGAAGGAGCAAGCUCCGCGCCCUACGCAUUUCUUGUCGCUCUCGCUGGCAAGCGACCCCACGCUCCGCGCGCGCCUGACCGCCUUCGGCGACGCGCUCCUCGCCGCUUCGCCCCCCGUCGCCGGCCUCGACAGGAGCAUCGUCAUCGACCCGCGGCGGGUACACUUGACCCUGGGUGUGAUGCGCCUGGAGAAGGAGGAUUCGGCGACUACGGCGCCCAUCGCCCCGACCGGCGCCCCGACCGCAGGCAGCGCUCACGCUCAGACCGAAGUCAGCGCUGCCACUCACGCUCAGACCGAAUCCCGCGCGCAGACCGAAUCCCACGCGCAGACCGAAUCCCACGCGCAGACUGCACUCGGCGCCCUUCCCCCUCCCGCACCCAACACUCUCGCGCCCAACACUCCCCCAACUGCCACCCCCCCUCCACCUCAAAAAACCGUGUCCACCGCGCUCGCCCUCCUCCGGUCGCUCGCGCCCCAGCUCGCCGCGCUCGGCCCCGCGCGGGUCGAGCUGGACCGUCUCGGCGUGCUGAAGACGCAGAAGGGCGGGCGGGAGGCGCAUGUGCUGUGGGUGGGGCCGAGGGAGGUGGGCGAGGGGGAGGGGGAGGGUGUUGAUAAGGUGGAGGACGAGGGGGAUAUUGGGGUGGGGGAGGCGGACGAGGCCCCGCCCCCUGUGAAUCACGACGGCUCAAAGAGCUCCCUACACGCGAUCGCCGACCUCGUGCACCAGACCUUCCGUCGGGAGGGGUACGUGACGGAGACGAGGCCGUUGAAGCUACACGUCACCCUCCUCAACACCACGCACCGCAAGAAGCCGCGGAGGCGGCUCGCGUUCUCGUACACCGACGUGCUGCAGUCGGACGCGGUAAAGCUCCUGGGUGCGGUACUUCCAGGACACGCGAAGGAGGCGCCCGACGCGGAGGCAGCCAUGCCCAAACGCGCCAGCACGGAAACCGCCAUGCUCAAACGCGCCAGCACGGAAACCGCCAUGCUCAAGCAUGCCAUCGCCGCCGCGGAAGAAGCUGAACUGGACGCUGAAGCGCAGGAGCAGAUCGAGGCGGGCGGGGAUGCGAUUGUCCCCGAUGUGCGCGCGCGGGGCGAGAUUGCAAGGGUUGUGGCGGAUGGUAAGAUCGCGCGGGUGGUGGCGGAUGGGGAGGUCGCGCGGAACGUGGCGGAUGGUGAGGUCGCGCGGAAUGAGGGAGAGAAGUCCGACGUCCGGGUGGAUGUGGUGGAGGUCGAUAUUCCAGCGCACCCGGCUUCGGACGCGCACACAGCAGCGCCGAACUCUCACCCAGCAGCGCCAACCGCUGUGUCGGCGGCGUCGACCGCGCAACCUUCAUCCGCAGUCCCCCGCCACCCCAUCCCCAUCUCUCUCGGCUCGUACGAAGUGCGUGCGGUACACCUGUGCGAGAUGGGAAGCCAUGGGCCCGAUAACGAGUAUGUGAGCGUCGGGUGCGUGGAGUUCUGA